GUGGAGACGGGGAAGAUAGACGAACGGCAACGGAGCGCUUGGAAAAAUACUGAGCAAACUGGUACAUUUCACUCAGGCAUGAGAUUAGCGUGAGGCGACAUCUACAGAGUACGAUCUCAGGUGGAUUCCGACCUAGUGACCCGCUUUUGUUUAAAAAGAAGUUUCUUCAAAUAGGUGGAUUUUGAUAUCGAUUAUUAUGGGUUCCAAAAGGCACCGUUCAAAGACCUCGGCGGCUGUGCACAACUCGCGAUGCUCUCCAAUAGGACUUUCACUACUGAUGCUUCUUCUACCUUUGUCUGUUGCCUUCAACUUGGAUGUGGAGAAUCCUGCUGUGUAUAACGGACCCAAUGGCAGUUAUUUUGGGUAUUCGGUGGACUUUUACACGGUUGAGUCAAGUGUGAGCAUUAUAGUUGGAGCACCCAAAGCCAACACCAGCCAGCCCAACAUCAGAGAGGGAGGUUCAGUCUUCUAUUGUCCAUGGAGCCUCAGCCAAUCACAAUGCAGCAGCAUUGAGUUUGAUCGAUUUGGAGAUCUAAAUAUGACUGUGAAUGAUGCAUUGCACCAGGGAGAGUUCAAAUCCCAUCAGUGGUUUGGAGCGACUGUACGAGUACAUGAAGAUAGUGUGUUGGCUUGUGCCCCCCUAUAUUCAUGGAGAACCAUGGAGGACACGCCUCAUGCCGAUACUACAGGCUCAUGUUAUCUCUCCAUCAAAAACUUCACCAAGUUUGUUGAAUACGCACCGUGUCGCACAGAAUUCCUCGGAAGAAAAGACCAAGGCUACGGUCAGUGUGGAUUCAGCGCUGAUUUUACUCAGGAAGGAAAGGUGGUGCUUGGAGGACCUGGUAGUUACUUCUGGCAAGGACAAGUGAUCACUGCAGUAAAACAAGACAUUGUCAAGGCUUAUUAUCCUGGAUUCUUCUUAACAUCAGUGCAUGGCCAGAUUCAAACCAGACAGAAAAAAGAGAUCACCUUUGAUGACAACUACAUGGGUUACUCUGUGGCUGUGGGCGAAUUCAGCGGCGAUGAUGAUGAAGACUUUGUGACAGGAGUUCCCAGAGGAGUAAGACUGCACGGACAGGUUUCUAUUCUCAAUGGUUCUCUGGAUAAGCUGAAGACCUUCACUGGUGAGCAGAUGGGAUCCUAUUAUGGCUAUGCAGUGGCCGCUACAGACAUUAACAAUGAUGGGAUGACAGAUCUUCUGGUUGGUGCUCCCAUGUUCAUGGUUCGUGACUCUGAUGGGAGGUUGGAGGAGUUGGGUCGGGUCUACGUGUACCUGCAGAACGGACCUCUGGAUCUCACCCCUCAGCUACCUCACCUCACUGGCACACAGACGUUCGGCCGGUUUGGCAGCUCCAUCACACCUCUAGGGGACCUUAAUCAAGAUGGCUACAAUGAUGUGGCCAUCAGUUGUCCAUUCGGUGGGGAAAAUAAACAAGGAUUGGUCCUAAUUUAUAACGGGCACGCUGCAGGACUCUGGAACAAGCCGUCUCAGGUGAUCGCUGGUCAAUGGGCUUCAGCCAUGCCGUCAGCUGUGCCUGCCAGUUUUGGUUAUGCCCUCCGUGGAGGAAAGGACUUGGAUAGCAAUGGCUACCCAGAUCUCAUUGUUGGUGCAUUUGGUGCAGAUACUGCAUUUCUUUACAGGUCUCGUCCUAUUGUAAACACCAGCGCAACCCUAAGUGUUUACCCAACUAUGAUUAAUCCAGAGGAGAAAGUCUGCACCAUAAACCAGGGGAAUGAGACCAUGCACGUGUCCUGCGUCAACCUGAGCCUCUGCCUCUCAGCCAAUGGGAAACACCUACCAAAUAAUCUCGAGUUUAACAUUGAUGUUCAGCUGGACCGUCUGAAAUUGCAACAGAAGGGGGCCGUACGGAGAGCUUUGUUUUUAGACACCCAGCUACCCAGUCUACAGAGAACACUAAAUGUGCAAAAUGGAGACAGGGUCUGCAGUGAAACCAAGAUCUACCUGCGGGAUGAGAAGGAGUUCAGGGAUAAACUGUCUCCGAUCUUCAUUGCGCUCAACUUUAGCCUGAAUCCACAAGCUGCGGCAGACAGACACGGCCUGAGACCCAUCCUCAACUACCAGACAGCAGAGAUCAUUGAACAGAAAGCCCAGAUUUUACUGGACUGCGGAGAGGACAACAUCUGUGUCCCUGACCUGAAACUCUCUGUGCAUGGGGACAGGAAGGAAGUGUACAUGGGUGAUGACAACUCACUGACCCUGACUUUUAACGCAAAGAACGAUGGAGGCGGAGCGUAUGAAGCGGAGCUAUAUGUGGUCUUGCCACCAGAGGCCGACUACAGCGGAAUAGCCCGCAAUAAUGAGAGUCUGACCCAGCUGACUUGCAGUUAUGAGACGGAAAAUCAGACCCGUUACCUCAGCUGUGACUUGGGGAACCCUAUGAAAUCGGGCACCAGCUUAUGGGCCGGACUGCGAUUCACAGUACCACGUCUGAAGGACACACACAAAUUUGUACAGUUUGACCUGCAGAUCCGCAGUAAAAAUGAGAAUAACUCCCAAAGUGAAGUCGUCCCCUACAAGGUGGAGGUUGUAGUUCAGUCUGAUGUGAUUCUGCAAGGCGUCUCUCGUCCCGACAAGGUCUUCUUCCCCCCUCCGAACUGGAAGGCGGCCAAGAAUGUAAUGGUUGAACAGGAUGUCGGACCCUCUGUCCGGCAUAUUUAUGAGUUGGUGAACAACGGGCCGAGUCGUAUCAGUCACACUCUACUGCAGCUGAAAUGCCCCAUGAAGCUUCAAAGUAACAGGUUCAUUUACCCACUGGAGGUCACAACUGAGGGUCCCAUUAACUGCACCACCCAUAACAUAGUCAACCCCUUGAACCUUAAGCUCCAGCGGUCAUCUACAGAGCAGCCUCCCUUACGAGUUGCAGCACAGGAACACCAUAUCGAGAAGAGAGAAACGCACAAGGCCGAGCUGUCCCAACUGACCAAUCUGUCUUGCUCUAAUGUGGAUUGCUGGACUCUAACGUGUAAUGUUGGCUUGUUGGAGCGAGGGACGAGUGCCAUACUACAGGUUCGCUCUCGGAUCUGGGCUGAAACAUUCAUGGAGAAUCCAUUUAAAAACAUCAUUCUGGAGUGCCUUGCUAGUUACAAAGUGGAAAAGAUGCCUUAUGCCAUAGUGCCUAUUGUAAAUCCUAGUGGUGCUAAAAAGAUGGUCACUCCUGUGGUCUGGAACAAGCCAGACAGUACAUAUGCUGUUCCUCUGUGGAUCAUCAUUUUAGCUAUUCUAGCCGGCCUUCUGCUGCUUGCACUGCUGAUCUACGUCCUCUACAAGCUUGGUUUCUUCAAGAGAACUCCCUACAGCACCGCCAUGGAAAAAGCCCAGCUCAAACCUCAGGCUGCAUCUGAGGCCUAAACUACUAAAGAAUUUAGAGAACCAUACCAAAAACGUUUCUUCACCAGAGGCCAUCCAAAGGUUACUUGCUGUUUUUAAAAGACUAGACUGCAGUAAAGGAAUAGGGAUAAAAGAUCACUGGAUCUUCACUGCACUAGAUGAUGAGACCCUGAAGACUCAAAGCCAAAUGAAUGUUGACAUACGUGUUUAUUUUACGUUAUUGUUAUGCUUGCUGUGGGUUUCGAUUUUUAUUCACCAAUUAUAGUCUACCACUUACAAACAGUUUGGGUUAAUCUUAACCAAAACUCAGAAUCGCUUGCCUGGCAACCGCUAAAGGAGAUAAACAGAGUCUCUCCUACGGAUUUUGCCCAAGACUCACUCAUCUGCACUAAUAUUAAGAGUAACAUUUAUUAUGUCUCAACACUUUUUUUUGUCUUAGUCCCCACCUCAUAUAUUGUAAGUGUUUCAGAUGGUUAAACAAUCUGCAGUGUAGCAUUUUACAUUUUCAUCAUGGUAUUUCACAAUUACACCAAAAAACUUCUUUGCAGUAUUUCACAAACAACCAAAGACUUUAAUACAGGUGGUGUUUUGUUUGUUUGUUUGUUGUGUUUUUAAAGUGAAAACGAGGUCGUUGGAUACCUCACAUGGACCCUCAUCUCCAGUUUCCUGCUGUUUGUUUUUCUGUAGAUUCUUUUUUUUAAUUGUGAUAUCUUUAUUGAAAGUCUAUGCAGGGCCAUUGCUUAAUUUCACUGGACAUGGGACAACAUUUUGAUGGGUGGGCCCUAAUCAUGGGCCCAAAUUGUAGACUAUACAAUAGGGGAUAUUACUGGGGCCCCAUUAUCACAGACCCUGGUUGCCUCAUCUUGACAAUGGCCUUAGAUAGAUUUUCAGUUAGAAUGAGAUGUUUUCAGCUCAGUCACCUCUGUAUCUUUUAUAAAAGACAAGCCAAAUGGUUUCGGGUAUAUUGUGGAAAAGCAGCAGACAUUACCAUUCAAACAUUGCCAGGAUCCUUCACGGAAGGCGACUGUUCUUCCCCGCUGACUACCAACUCUUUCUGUCCUGUUAUGUUCCAAAGUUUACUAUAACAAAUGGUAACGGUGCCUUAAAAGUGCCUGGGACACGACUGGAUCUACACAGAGCCUGUGAAACCUUGCGAAUGCCUUGAAGCAGAGCUGUGCUUUGCCUUUUACGAUAUCAGACUCUUGGAGCCAAAGAGCAAAAAGAGUCAGAAAAUGGGGGCCGAUUACUUCCCACAUGUACCCUACAGUUGUCCCUCCAAACUUCUGUGGGCGAACAGAGAACCACUGUGGACUUGGAACAAGAUUUUUGCAAAGUCCAUUUGUCAGUGCAAAUGCAGGUUAUUGUUUACACACACAUAUACAUACAUAAAGACAUAGUUCAUCCAAAAUUGAAAAUUAUUUUAUGUUGUACCAAACAGGUAACUGUUUUGGAAUGACAUGAAAGUGAGUAAAUGAGAGAAUUUUUAUUUUUGUGAGAACUAUCCCUUUUGUACAGCAUAGUUAACCACACAAAUGGUGUUUGAGGUCAAAAUCAAUUGACUCAUGGACUAAAAGCAAACCUCUUCCAAGGCAGCGGCCUCAACCAGGGAUUGAAUGUUGAAAUACACCUGUAAAGUUGUUUGUUUUGUGUGUAUUGUUUGUGCAUGUAGUGUUAAUCUGCUUGUGUGUGACCCUUUGUGUGUUUAUGGAGAGGUGUGUGUCUGGAUGUGAAGAUAUGAGAGAUUUUUGUCAAAAUGCUUAUGGAGAGCCAGAGUGAAUGACAUUCAGAGUGUAGAAAUGCCUCCGUACAUCAUGGUGCUGAAGUGGCCGAAUUAGACAGGAUGCAACUGCAAUCAUUCAGCAUGAAAGUUUCAGCAAGCCACUUAGAGAGGGAAUGCAGUUGAAACUGUGGAUUAUGUAGGACCUGUAUGGAAGUGCAAUAUUAUUAUUAUUAAUUUUUUUGUUAAUUACAAUAAUUGUAAUAUGGAGGGGGGGGCGGUGUUGUAAGGUUCUCAGUUUGAGGGAUGAAAUUAGCCCGGAAGUACAGUGUAGUCAAUUGUGUGGCCAAACAAAUGUUUAGAUGUCAACAUUUGAAUGGCACAAAUGGUUAUUCCAUUGCCCAAAAAAAUAAAAUAAAUAAAAGGCCUAUUUUCAAUCGUUAACUAUUUUUGUGCCAUAAAAGUCCAGUAAAUUGUCUUGUCGACGAUACUGCCUGUGGUAUUUUAUGAACACUUUUACUGUAGUUUUUACGUUAUACAGCAACACUACUUUCACAAAACCAACUAAUUGACUCAGAGACCACUUGAAUACUUUUUAAAUUUUCAUUAAUAUGUUAUCUCUUUUGAACAUUUUCAAAAAAAAAAUAAAAAAAAUAUUUAUUCCUCAAUGUUAGGUUUUUUUUUUUUUUUUUUUUUUUGGCAAUUAAAGCAGGAGGAAACACUGGGUUUGUCUUUUUUUUUUUUUUUAUAAUUUUUUUUUUGCCAAAUUCCUGUUUUUGUUUUGAGUUGUAAAUAUAAGUUUGGUGAGGAGAAUAUUUAAAUUUUUAGCUGAUACUGAUUUGACAUUGUAUUUCAUCACCCCAUAUUGGGGAGAAUUAGAGGUAUGUUCAAGUAAUUAUUUGUAUUCACAGUUUUCAUUUUAAAAUAAAUCUUUUUCUACAAAUUCUGAUUGUUACUCUGACAUUUAAUUUCCUUUCUGUUAUUAUUUAGCAUAAUUGUUCUGUGGAAUCUACUAAUAUAUCGCAGCAUAGAUUUUCCUUGUGCCCGCUAGAAACUUCUGACACCCCCCUCCCGGUCACAUGAAGAGACGACCACUUUCCCACCCUAAAGAUAAAAAAAUA